GUCUUGAUUUGAGGGCCAUCUUGGAGCAUGGCGAGUGAUUCCGACAAGUCCUUCCUUCGAGAGUUUUGGGAAAACUUAGGAACUCCAGAAGAGCCACCUCCUUUACCUAAAGAAGUUGAAAAAUUUUUUAAAUCGUUAGGUUACGGUAUGACUGCUGGGAUGGUCACUGGUGCUAUGUUUGGAUGGAAAGAUACAAGGAAUCUGAAGAUACCUUCUCCUCCAGACUUGCCGCGAAAUCCUCACGCUCGAGCAACUUAUUUUGUAACCAGAGGAAUUAUGGCGUAUGGCGUCAGAUUUUCUGUUUUUACUGGUAUCUUUACUCUAACUGAUAUAAUUUGCAGCAAGUUUCGCGAAGGAAAGGAAGACUUCAUCAAUACGACAGUGGCAGGUUCUCUAACCAGUCUUGUAUUUGGAGCCAUAAAAUAUGAUAACAUAACAGGGCUGGUUGCAGCUGGUCUUGGAGGUUCUUUGGCUUGUAUAGGAGGAUAUGUGAAGGACAGUUUGGAACAGUUUGUGCAAAAGCAAAGGGAAGCAAGGAAACUUGAAAAUCCACAAAUGAUGUUAACGAAAUUGGAUAUUAUCAUAGAAAGGCUGGAAGAAGAAAAUGAACGUUCGCUUAAAGGUCUUAGAGAUUCAUUCAGUUCUGAAGAUUCCGAUAAGUAGAUUUUAAAUACUUUGUAACAAAUGAGUG